AACAGCGUCGGCGCAUCCUUGCAACAACCGGGUCUGGUCGUUUCUAUCGAUCGGCCUCAAGUUCUUUAUCGCACACACAUCACGGCCAAUAAUCGGAUUGUACAUAUCGCUUCAGUAAACUAACCAACGCGACUCUCACCUUGGCUUUGUAUUCGCAGAUUAUACAGCAUGGCGGACCAUCCUCGCCGUGGUCGGAAUCGCCCAGAUAGCAGGGCAAUGUGGGACGAAUCCGACCGUCACAACAACUACGACAGAGGCACGCGCGAUAGAAGAGAUAACCGUGACCGAUACCGAGAUAGUCGGCCCCGCAGCCGCGAUCGCAGAUACAGAUCUAGAUCGCGAUCUCCCGUGAGUGACCGACGCGACCGCCGAGAUAGGGAUCGAGACUACAGUAGAGAGAGGCGGCGAGGCCAUGAGAGCACCCGGGAUAAGCCAGAUGGCCGCCAUUCAGAAAGAGACAGAGAGCCAGGUAGAGAUAGAGAUAGAGAAAAAGAGAGAGAGAAGGAACGGGACGGGCGCAGGCGCGACGACGACCGCGACGACAGAGGUAUGACACGUGAUGUAUACCCCGAGGAAAUUACUAGUUUCUAACCCUUUUAAAGGUCCAGGGAGGCGUCCCAAUCCCCGGCGCUCUGUAUCGCCACGUAGUCCAUUAGGCAAGGUUGGGCGUGCGGCUCAUGAUUCACCCCUCCCCACACGGUCGAAAAAUAGAGGCGGAGACUCAGGUCACUCUUCGGCUAGAGGCGACAUAGACGAGGUCAACCAAAGCCAAAAGGGCAAAUUAGGCAGGGACAGCCGAGAAGACACCGCAGAAGAUGAUGAGAGACGAGGAAGAAAGCCGAACCGAGAUAUCGAGGAUGGAGAGGACGCCAUGGAGGAAGAUGAUGAUAUUGCUGUUGAGGACGAUGGCAUGGGUGCCAUGCAAGCUAUGAUGGGCUUUGGUGGUUUCGGUACUACAAAGGGUCAAAAAGUCGCGGGCAACAACGCCGGAGCCGUCUAUAAGGCGAAGAAGACUGAGUAUCGUCAGUACAUGAAUCGUGUUGGAGGAUUCAACAGGCCUUUGAGUCCAGGCCGCUAGAGACCACACGUCUUUGGAAGAGACCGUUAAUUGAUAACAUCGGUAGAUCAUGCAUGCACCACCAUCUGAGGCAUAUGCAUGGCUUUUAUACCACUUAGAUUCAG